AUGCAGUCCCUCAACAUCACCCCUGAGCUGAUCUCCAGGCUCCUGCAGGAGAACAACCUCACCCGGGAGCGGUUUAUUGAGCUUUACCAGCUGCAGCCCCUCAUCUACAUCCCAGAGCUCCCUGCCAGCACCAAGGUUGCUUUUGUGACAAUAUGUGUGCUGAUAUUUGUGCUGGCACUGUUCGGAAACUCCCUGGUCCUCUAUGUGGUGACCACAAGCAAAGCCAUGAGGACAGUCACCAACAUUUUCAUCUGCUCCUUGGCUGUGAGCGACCUGCUCAUUGCCUUUUUCUGUAUCCCCUUCACUAUGCUCCAGAACAUCUCGUCCAACUGGCUGGGAGGUGCCUUUGCGUGCAAAAUGGUCCCAUUUGUUCAGUCUACAGCCAUUGUCACAGAGAUCCUCACAAUGACAUGCAUUGCCAUAGAAAGGCAUCAGGGAAUCAUACAUCCUUUAAAAAUGAAGUGGCAGUACACUAAUAGAAGAGCUUUUACAAUGCUAGGUUUUGUAUGGCUAACAGCAGCACUUGUUGGUAUUCCACUAUGGAAAGUACAAAAACUAGAGAUUAAAUAUGACUUUUUGUAUGAGAAACAGUAUGUAUGCUGCCUGGAGAAAUGGACCAGCCACGUCCACCAGAAAGUCUACACAACCUUUAUUCUAGUGAUCCUGUUCCUCCUUCCACUAACAUUGAUGCUUCUGCUCUACAGUAAAAUUGGUUAUGAACUCUGGAUUAAGAAACAAGUUGGAGAUGCUUCAGUUCUGCAAACUAUCCAUGGCAAUGAAAUGUCUAAAAUAUCCAGGAAGAAGAAGCGAGCUAUCAUAAUGAUGAUAACAGUGGUUGUCCUUUUUUCAGUCUGCUGGGCACCAUUUCAUGUUGUGCAUAUGAUGAUAGAAUACAGCAAUUUUGAAAAUGAGCAUGAUGAGGUCACUUUGAAGAUAAUAUUUGCUGUAGUACAAACAAUUGGAUUUUUUAAUUCAAUCUGCAAUCCUAUCGUAUAUGCUUUUAUGAAUGAAAACUUUAAGAAAAAUUUCCUGUCAGCUAUAUGCUUUUGUAUCAUAAAAGAUCCUUCUUCUCCUUCAAGAAGACCUGGAAAUUCAGGUAUCACCUUAACACAACAAAAAGUAAGAGAAAAUACAAGUGAAGAAACUAGAAGAGAAGCUUUCAGUGAUGGAAAUAUUGAAGUCAAAUUUUUUGAUCAGCCUUCUUCCAAAAAGACGACAAAAAGACAUCUUCAUUUGUUCACAUCAGAACUUACUGUUCAUCCUUGA